AUGGGCGACGUCUCUUCCUGCCCACCUCUGACGCGCUCGUCUGUUCAGGCGGCGCAUGAAGCCAUCAAGCAGCACAUCCACCGCACUCCCACCAUCACAUGUGACACCAUCUCUCAUCUCGCAUCCACCCCUCAAUCUGCCGACUCUCUCAAAGGAACACCAUUUGAAGGCCGUACACCCGCCAAACCUCAUAUCAGCCUCUUCUUUAAAUGCGAGAACUACCAAAAGAUUGGCGCCUUCAAGGCUAGAGGUGCCUUCCACGCAUUGAGUCGUCUGAGCAAGGAAGAGCUGAGCAAAGGCGUCGUGACACACAGCUCGGGCAACCAUGCUCAAGCUCUCGCUCUGGCCGCCCGUACUCAUGGCAUUCCUGCUCACAUCGUCAUGCCUACCAUCAGUACCCCUUCCAAGAUCGCCGCUACCAAGGGCUACGGAGCCAACGUCAUCUUCUCUGGUUCCACGUCUGAUGAAAGAGAGGCUGUCGUCGCCGAUGUAAUAAGAGAUACCGGUGCUAUACUCGUACCACCCUACGAUCAUCCGAACAUCAUGCUCGGUCAGGGCACACUCGCUCUCGAGCUGGAAGAGCAAGCCAAGGACUUUGAUGCCCGAGGAUUGGAUGCUGUUGUCGCUCCGUGUGGAGGAGGCGGCAUGCUAAGUGGUGUCGCCACAGCUCUACACGGAACCGGCAUUCGUGUGUUCGGUUCUGAGCCAAGUUUUGAAGGUGCAGACGACGCAAAAAGAGGCGUCGAGUCUGGUGAACGCGUCGAAAAGGUGAAAACAUUGACAAUCGCCGAUGGACUACGAACACCACUUGGAAAGAUUCCAUGGACCAUCAUCAGCGACCCUGAAAAGGUGAAGGGCAUGUACAGCGUCUCCGAGGAACAAAUCAAGGCUGCUAUGCGCUUGUUACUGGAGCGAGCGAAGGUCUUUGUCGAGCCUAGUGCUGCUGUCCCGCUUGCUGUCAUUCUUUACGAUGAGGACUUUAGAAGUAUGGUUGAGAAGGAAGGCGGCGAACAAGGCUGGAACAUUGGCGUCGUUCUGUCCGGUGGAAACACCACUGUCGAAGCCAUUGCUAAACUCUUCCAACCUGCUUCUGAGCAGCAAGCCGAGAGACAAGAAUCCAAGCUGGGUAUGGAUGGCAAGAAGGUGGCUGAAAAUGUUGCAGGAUAG